CAGAGUAGAGGUAGCCGUGGGCAGGCAUGCACACGCUCGCUUACAAGCACUAAAAUCGGAUAUAUAUCACUAUGGACAAAUUGUGCAGUGCAGGAAAACAUGGCGCUUGGAUAGUCCGUUCAAACCACAGGCCUAUCUUGGGCGAGGAAGAGCAUGACGCCUUGGUGGCUUGGCUUGGGGACGAAGCAUCUAGUGGUCCGCAGGUGCUGGCGUGUGGAUCGGUGGUCGUCAAAGGCACCCCUAUGCAGCUUCCUGAAAUUCUCUUUGGAAACAACGCUCUGGAGUUCCGUCACCAAGAAUCUGGGUUCAUUCUUCAAUUUGAAGCAAGGGCUGCCUUGAAGAGAUGGGUGGAUCUGUUCGCUGAGGGCGCCUUCGAGGUCAUCAAGGUCCGAGAAGCGCACAAGUGGCAAACGCGUACUGGCACACCUAUCAGAAAACAGGAGUACGACUGGACGUGGGGAACGGACUACGCCGGCUCGUGCCGUCGACAGGAUGUGGGUGUUGAGUGCAGCGAGAAUGGAGACAUUCUGCAACCACUCACAAGAACGGGCAAGGAUACGAAGACGCCGGUAGAAUGGGUGGCAUGCGAGCCGGGUGGAAUCGAUCGUCAGAUGCUUCUUGACCAGAGCAGCCCGAUAUUGAUGUACGACGACGUCGUGCUUUUUGAAGACUUCAUCCAUGAUCACGGAGUAGUGCGAUUGAGUGUCAAGACAAGAGUGAUGCCUGGAUUCUGGUUUGUUCUGCUGCGUUACUGGCUGCGAGUGGAUGGCGUGGUGAUGAAGGUGUUUGAUACGCGCUGCUUUCACAAAUUCGGCGAACUGAGCGUGUUUCGCGAGCGCACACAACACUCUGUCAGUUUCACGUCCCUCGAACAGCGUGGGUUGUCGACGGACCCAUCGGCCUACCCAAACGCUGAGUCGGCUUUGCCUGUCCUCGACUUGUCAUCAGGUCCCCUGAAUGAUUUUACGACCUUGCUCCCAGACCAGGCCAAGAUCGGCUAGGAUGAGGCACUUCGAGUCGAAGGUAUCGACGUGCACAUGUUGCCGUACUGGGUGGGAAGUGCGAAGUUUUGCGUCGAUGAAACGACUCAUCUCAUAUUCCCCUGCACACUUAUUCUUUCGUGCUCUCAUACCUGGCCCUUGCGCGACGUCUAGAUAAAAUAUGUGAGCACAGCAACGAUGUCACACAGAAAAUGAUGUCUCAGCGUUUGCAAGUCCUCUCCUAUACUCGAAUGAGCCCAGUGUUGGCCACUUAGACACGUAUGAAUCUAUGAAUCUAUUCCUUCGCCAAAGUUAGCAGCAAGAACGCCGUUUCAACAUUUGGUGCAAAUAGAGAUGUGCCUCUUUAGCAGCAGUAGGUGGGAACUUGAACGGUUUAAUACAUGUGCUCUUCUGCGGUGAAGUUAUGUAGCAGAUAGAUAGUUCGAGGUACUAGUUUGUUGAGCGUGUACGAUGAACGUGGCGUGAUGUAUUUCGUACGCACAAAGUCGAGAAUACUUGUACGUGCAUACCAUACCUAUCUCUUGGUCAAACUUCAAUUGCGUACGUCGACGGGAUAUCACGAAAUUUGAACACCUCUUUUUUCUAGAGCGUUGCUGAUGAGAAAGCUAAGGGGCCCUCUUUGGAUGAAGGAGCUAGCUAUCGUGGGGGCCAAACAAUAGCGGGCUUAAAAUUUAACCAUGUGGUAUGUCACAGGUCGUGCCGACCAGAAUGUCAGUAUUAUGACAAUAUCUCUGGCGGCUUUUGUACUGCCGUUGUUGAUUACUUCAAGGACAAGUCUUUUGCGAGUGUACGCUCUCCGCGGGUGCGUGUAGAAGUACUCAAAAGUUCAAUCGGAGGUGUUCUUUUGUUUCUUUCGACCGGACUGUCGGCUUCUCCUUCAUUGUUCGGGUUAUCGAGAGAUGCCACGGCGGGAGAACCGGGCGCGCGACUUGCCCGGGCGGGUGUCAGCGGCUGUCGGCGGGUGGAUGAGCUCAUCUCCCCGAAACAGCGGGUGCGAGCGACACGAAGAACAGUAGGAGGAGCAAAAGCACAGCCGCCGCGGAACAGCAGUCGCCCCACGUACACGAAAACCUUCGGCGCUGUUGAUUCUCUUCUGCAAUAAUUAUUAACAGGCGAUCCUGAUCAUUGAGAACAAUUCUUUUAUUGAGAAAAAAAAAUGCUUUUGUCGAACCAAAAAUUACGAAAACAUUUCUGGAAAUAGGUCAGGCCCUCCGACCCACGGUAGGCUGUUUUCAAGCGUCGUAGUGUGCCGGAAGGUCGCCAUAGACUCGGAAUGUUGUCGACUCGAUCUUUCGGGGUCGACUUAAUGACAGGCACAGACAAAUAAACGUUGUGCCUGGAACUUCGUAGGUCUGUGUCUGCCGACAGAUGUUGCGAAUCUACAUACUGUAGUCUUGAACGCGUAAUUUCUCAAGCUUUUCCAACUUGUACCGUGUCAAUGACACCUCGGCUUGUCCUCCUGCGCGCUCUUGAAAAUGCUACGGAACCAACCCCCGUCCGGCAGUCGUGCGUUGUUGCUGCUGUACUCUGUUUUUUUGUGGUAGUGCUCCAAUGUUGGAGUAUUUAUCGGUGGUGGUAUUGAUCAGGGAAGAAUAUUUUAUCGAUGCGCUAUUGCAUACGGCUGCUGCGUCUAGACUAUUAGAGUAAAUAUGCCGAUUAAGGACCACUUACCGGAGCCUCCGCUCUGAGAGGUCGUUCUCGGGUGUCUUGACGAUUUGCGGCGACAGAGAGGUAUCGAACGUUUGCUUACAACACGACCUAAACGAUGAAACAACAAAAAACAAAAAAAAUGCAUGUGGUGAUGACAUGGUGCCAGCGUAGUAUUCUUCAUUUGUCAGAGAAAAAUACCGGUAAAACACAAAUGCCCCGAUUGAGGACCACUUCGAAUUCGUAGUGAUUGCGCACGUUUUAAUGAUUUCCAGAACUUUUUGUUUGGCAAGUAUCGUUAUGGUAGGAAUACAAAGCAUUUCCGAAAAAAAUAUUAAAAAAACAUGCAUGUUGUUGUUGUUGUUGUUGUCUUCACAUUAAACCGUAUGUCAGUUGCUAAAUGCCAAAAUCUAGCAAAAGACUCUCAGCCCGUGGUCACGAAGUUCUAGAGCCAUCUGAGGAUCUAAAGAACGCGCACAUAUAUAACGAGAAAAAGGUAUCCAAGAGCCCGAAGAGGUACACCUAAAAAUCCCUGCAGCACCGUAUGCGUGCCCAAAAACUGAACUGCACGUCCGUCCCACCGUUCGACUACAGUAGCAUCACCCCCUCCCUGUCCCACUCUAUACCAAAACGGAAGAUUGCCGACUACAGCAUAAUGCUGUCUGAAGUGCUGUCUG